GAAGUUAACAUGCAUAAAAUAAAGCUACGACACAUUCAACAGGCCAGAGGCCUUUCUCAACUGUUACAAAAGGUAUCAAUGAGUUCCCAGCCAAAUGUUUAUGUGACUCGUCCGGAUGUGGAUGACAGUGGACUGGAAUUGCUGCGUAAGAGUUGCAAUGUGUCAACAUGGUCACAGCCUUUGCCAGUGCCGCGAGAUGAAUUACUUCGUCAGGUUAAGGGCAAGGAUGCUCUAUACUGUGCUCUAACGGAUAAAAUCGAUGCCGCCGUGCUUGAUGCGGCUGGAACGCAGUUAAAAUGCGUGGCCACCAUUUCAGUAGGUUUUGAGCACAUUGAUGUGGAGGAGUGCAAAAAACGUGGCAUUCGCGUUGGGUACACGCCCGACGUACUGACCGACGCCACAGCCGAGCUAACGCUCGCAUUACUGCUAGCUACUAAUAGACGUUUGUUCGAGGCCAGCAAGCAGGUUUACAAUGGCGGCUGGAAAUCGUGGGCACCCAUGUGGAUGUGUGGUCAAGGAUUGAAGAACUCUCGUGUUGGUUUGUAUGGAUUUGGACGCAUUGGUCAGGAGAUUGCUGCUCGCAUUGUACCUUUCAAACCAGCUCAGAUAACCUAUACGACUCGCACUGCUAGGCCAGCGGAGGCAGCUAAGGUUAAUGCUCAGCGCGUGGACUUUGACGAGAUGCUCUGCUUAUCGGAUUUUAUUGUGGUUUGCUGCUCUCUAACCCCUGAUACCAAGGAAGUAUUUAAUGCUUCUGCAUUUGAGAAAAUGAAACCCAAUUGCAUUUUUAUCAAUACGGCACGAGGUGGAGUUGUGGAUCAAAAUGCUCUUUAUGACGCUCUCCAUUCGAAGCGGAUACUUGCUGCAGGCUUGGAUGUGACCACACCUGAACCACUGCCACUUGAUGAUCCACUCUUAAAACUAGACAAUAUUGUUAUAUUGCCGCAUAUUGGCAGCGCAGACAUUGAAACCCGCAAGGAGAUGUCCCGUAUAACGGCCAGAAAUAUUUUGGCGGCUUUGAAUGGUUGCCAAAUGGAGGCCGAAGUGAUGUGAAUCAAUCUUAAAUGC